GUUUCAGCAUAACCAAAUGAACAAUGCAUGCGCAGUUCCAACUUUUAAGUAAAGUAGGCUUAUCUAACCAUACAAAUGAAGCAAUUGUCAUUUAUUCGAUGAUAUUUGCUAAGAGAAGGGUUAUGAUACUGGAUAUUCCAAAGUACUCUAUAUUUAAACAGUAUCUUUGGUUGGAAUGUUCAAUGGUGGCAGUAAUGUCCUCAAGGGAAAUGAAGAACAAUCGGUGCCUCAAUAUCGAUUUCAGAAAGGCAAGCAGAUGCCAUUCCUCCCUAGGCCUUAAUGAAUGCAUGUUACAGUCAUUCUUAUUAAAUUCUACCCGUAUAAGACGGACUGAAAGGAAUAUUUUCCUAUAGGUUUGGCCUAAAGCAUUUUUAAGCAUACAGUCAAAAGGCUUUAAUAAACAGGGUUUCUAAAUCGGUAUUCACCCAUUUACACACGGAUUUAUGCCUCCAAAGCCUGUUAUACAAUGUGUUGACGUCAGUGCUUAAUGAUCAAGGUGCGCAGUUCAGUUUUACUUAGUAAAAAUUUUAUUGGUUUUUGACUGCCUGUGUCAAGCCUGUGGCUACAUCUUGAAAUUCAUGUGGUUCUUCCACUUGCUUAAUUUAUACCCCUAUGAAGUUGUUUAAUCGAAACCAACUUCAUGGGGCUACAAAUUUCUAGAAAGAUUCUUGCUUAUUCUUUAGCCAUUGGUUUGCCGGUGAAUUCCCGAAACACAUAUGACACCGGCCAUUUCACUUCUCAUGCGGCACAACCCGCAAUAAUGUAGCGAAGGGGGCUCAGUGUCUUAUACUGUUCUUGAAACUAUAACAUUUGCUUUACCUUGAUGCUAAAAAUAGGCCAAGUCGUCUAUCAUUAGUGGGGCUACAUGGCCCCCAGUCUUCUCAUUGACGUCGUCAUUGAUUGGGUUGCUGUCUAUAAUGCAGUUAGUGAAUAAAACUAUGCUUAAGCACAUCAGUAGUAACAAAGGAAAUAUCCACUUUGAUCGAUGUAGCAGAGCAGCGAUUUGUAUUGUGAAUUCAGAAGUAGAUUCAUGUGUUUGUCAAAUGUCGCUACAAAUUGCAUUUAUUUUCAGUGUAUUGUUUGUUUGGUUUCCAAGUGACUUGCAUCACGCUACAUGUUAAUUCCUCUAGUUAUAUUCUUAGUUUUCUGCUGCUCUUUUACCUCGAUUUCUCAAAGCAUUUACUUUUUUGAAAAUGUAUCCGUUUCGCUUAUGGAUGUGCAGCAACUUUUUUCUCCAUUUAUAUGGACUGUGACGCGAUUCUCAAAAUUUCUUCAUUGCAAAGAGAUUGUUCCUGAUUUCUUAAGUCUUUCAUUCUCUUUUUAGCUGUUGCUCACAUUUCAGUCUUCCCUCUUUUAUUCUUUCAUACCAUUCCAAGCAUCUUUUCAACCGUGCCGUUCCUGUAACGUCAUACUUUCGUACCAUGAAGAUUUAUACUAAAAUGCAUUCGUAUUAAAACGAGGAUUGUUCAUUCAUACGUAAAUAUUAGAUUGAAUAAAACUUUACCAUGUUGACUUCUUUAAAGCACACCUAACUCAAUAUAAAGAUUUAAUUAAUGCAACAAUCUGUCCAGGCUGAUUCCACAAAGUGGCCGAAAAUCCUUCUAACUGGGUACGAUUAUUUAAUGAUACCCGAAAUAAAUUUUUGUUUGAAAAAGGCCGGUUUCUUAUCAUUUGAAAUUUACACUGAGUAAUAAUCCACCAGACUGAGGGAGGAGCGAAGAAAUGGGAGGUUAUUACAAAAUGGAAAGGCAUAUUUUGAUGUCAUUGAGCUUUCUUAGAGCAAUUUUUGCGCUUAUUAGAAGGAAGUAGCUCAGAUCCUGAUGCUCUUUAACAAUUCCAAAGAGGCUGCUCUUUGCACCCUCUUAUAUAAUUUUAUUGCCUAUUACAUAUGUGUUUACUCAACAGUACUGCACCUACGAGUCGAUGCCUCGUAAAGAUAUAUUUCAUUUGAUAUAUAGAAAAUUUUGUCUAGUUUAGCAGAAACGUUUUCAUUUUGAGUCACUUCGUCACCACCAUCCACUUGCACUGCAACUGCUUGGAAACAUCGCACUGACCAAUUUGCCCUAGCAGUAUUUGGCUAAGCUUUGCUUUCGAUCAGGUCACAAGGGCGCACCUUCAGAAAGUUUACUUGGAGAUAUAUUGUUUGGUUAUAAACCCCCACCACUCCGGACUACACUAGACGAUUUGUUACAUAGUACAUAGUACUUUAUUUUAGCUCCCUCUUAGAACUCUUGCUCUAUCAGUAUUAAAAGUGCCUGGGCCGAGACCAUGAUUGGUUGUUUACGGGCGAUAUGUUCUUUCGAAUUUCAUAGUAAAUUCUGCGUAUAAUAUCUUUUCUUUUUUUAUCAAUUGUCUUCUUUUUUACAACAAGGACUAAUUUUCUAUCCUGCGUUUGUUUGCAUCUGUGGUUUGCAAACUGUCAUGAAGAGUUUAAUAUUUCGUUGUGCUCGUCCUUGUGUGCGUAAGGGUUGGUUGGCACUUUUUGCAAGAAUGGGGUGCAAGAGCUGGAAGUUCCUGAAUAUUGAGAAGCCAAACUACUUGCACUGAGGCAGCUGAAACACACCUUCGCAAUUGGCUGUGUCUAUAUCUGCUUUUGUCACAACAUUUGAGCAUUUUGUCUUUUUCUCGUUAUCCGGCAUGAUAUUCGUUCCGUCUUGUUAGAGACAGUUGAUAUUAUAUCUUACUUGGUUGGGGUUUUUUUUAAGUAUCCUAGUAAAAUAUAUUAUAAGCCUGUUUAAUGUCUGGAUGUGGAACUUUAUCUGAUCCACCAUACACUUUAGUGGGCCAUCUAGCCCUACCAAUGACCCAGUUGUAUAAUAGGUACUUGCUUGUGAAACGCUAUCCUCACCGAAUUUGCAAAGUUAGCGAUAUAUCAAAUAACCAGAAAAGCACAUUUUUGUGUCAAAACAAGAAGGAUGUGGGUACCUUCCCAUUGUCCCUUGUAGUCCUGAUGAGCUGUCUGAUUGGUUAAAUCAAGCAGUCACUUGGGCCAAGGGCUUGCAAAGUAAACUUGAAACCAGGUCACAGUGCUUGCUGUUUGAAUUGGAAUACUUACCAUAAGCCGAUCGUUGCAUAUUGAUUUUUGUUAAUUCGCUGUUCUAUCCAUUCAUUUCUUUGUGUGAGAUUCUUUACAAAAUCGAUGAAAAUUUCCAAACUUCAUUUUUUUCGAGGGAACAUUGAUCAAGGAAUUAGUUUUAAGUAUUUCAUUGCAUUUGGAGAGCCUCUUUCCUGUGCCGCUGUGCAUUGUUUGCAAUAGACUAAAUUGUUUGGGCUUUUAUCUCUCAUGGAACUCCAAUGUUAAACCCAUUAUUACGCACCGUUGGGUUAUGUCGAUCGGUAUCACAUUUCAUGUAUUUGAUAGGUUGUAAUAGAGGGAUUUGUAGCUGUGAGAUUUGUGUUCGUUUGGUCGUCGACGCCAUUUUGAAAGUAAACAUCUCGCACAGACAAGGCGCAAGCCCUUGCAGGAGUAGGGCUUCUCGAGAACAUCGAAAGGAUAUUACAAGUCGAUAAUCAGGCGAUGAAUGCGGAGUUGCAAGACGAGGAGAACGAUUGCAGGAACAGGAAAGAAAGAUUUAAAACAGAAAAGCCAAAGCUUAAGGAUACCUUGUUAUCAAUGGAAAACAACAACUACAUGAAAUCGCCUCGGAAUUUGAACUCUGGCGCGCUAUCAGUUGGAAAAGGAUCUAAUUUGCAGCCAAGGAACGCUAGACGCCAUGUCCACUUUCCAACUGGAAUGGAGGCAAAUGGAAAGCCUGACACUGUUCAUCGACUGACUGUAGAUGGUAAGUCAUCUACGCCAAGGCGACCUGGAAAAUUUAUAACAAGAGGCCGUUUUGCAGGGCUAGUUGCGACUCCAAUCAUAGAAGACAAUAACGCUGAUCAAUCCAAGGAGCAAACAGUCGUUGCCGACUCCCAUUCCGAUUCAGCAAGAAGUCAUUCGAGCUGCUCAAACGAUACUUGGGACGGGAAGGAAUCUUUUCUUACCCACUCAAGAACAGACUCGGCAGAUACGAAUUCUGUGAGUGAUGGAGGAAGCUGGUCAGGGCUGAGUUAUGGACACAGCUCCUCGAAUAGAAGCAAUCGUGUUCCAAGAAGCAAGGCAGUGGGACAUAGUGAUGUUAUUAGAAAAACACUUGCAAAAGACUUUAAAGAUGUUAUGCUGAGAUCACGCUCUGAAGAACUCAAGCACAAGCAGAAAGUUUGUCAGUAUAUAGCUGCUGAGGGAAAAGUAAGGGAUUAUCUGUUGUCCACAGAAAAACAUUUACCCUACAUCCAUUCCUCUGACAACGAAUCUUCGGUUUGCAGUGGAUCAAACAGUACCUCAAGUGACGUUCUAUCGCCAGUAACCAGACCAAGGAGGACAAUUAAAGAUCUCAGCAGCAAUAUUUUGAUCAGAAUAUUUUCAAAUUUGUCAACGAAAGACCUUGUAAAGGCAUCUGCUGUUUGUCGAAAAUGGUACAAGAUUUGUUGGACUCCCGACUUAUGGUCAGUCAUCGAUUUAAGUGGUUGCAGUGGAGACGUGAACUCAGUUGUUGAAAAUAUCCUCAGACGACUAUCCAAAAUUUCUCAAUACGCCUGUCUUGUUAUACACACUUGGAAACUUAACUCGUGUAAGAACCUGUCUGAUGAGAGUCUAAAGCUGAUUGGGCGAAGGUGUCCUGAACUAAAACACAUGGAGCUCGCUAAGUGUCCGCUUAUCACUGGAGCAGGGGUUGCUGAGAUAUUCGCCAAUUGCCCAAAUUUAUCGUUACUCAACAUUGCGAGUUGCAAUGAAGUCGCAUCAAUCGAUUUAUCGUUACAAAACGGCGUAUCAUACGGCGAAAACGCGUCCUUUCUACAGCUUCACUACAUUGACCUAAGCGAAUGCCUUGUUGACGACGCUGGCCUCGACAUGAUAGCGAGGAGCUGUAGUUUCUUAGAGUACUUAUACUUACGUAGAUGCGAGGCAAUAACAGACAAAGGCUUGAUAUCUGUCGCGAACUAUUGCACAGGGAUACGGGAAAUGAGUGUUAGCGAUUGCAGUUAUGUCACUGAUAGUGGCUGUAAAUUCUUGAUCAAGAAGUGCCAUGAUUUGAGAUACAUUAGCCUUGCAAAAUGUUUAAUUACCGACGAUACGCUGAAGCAUAUUGCGAGGUAUUGCAAGAAAGUCAGGUAUCUCAACCUCCAUAUGUGUCACAGCAUAAGCGACGAGGGUGUGGCGCGCAUUGCCCAGAGCUGUGAGAAGAUGCGGGCCAUUGACAUCGGGAAAUGCGAAAAGAUUUCGGAUACGAGCUUGAACUUUAUUUCAAUUAACUGCCCGCACUUGCGCCGUCUCAGCGUCAAGGGAUGCGACAGAAUAACUGACUCAGGGUUACGCAAAUUAGCUACACAUUGCAGAAGUUUAAAACAUUUAGAUGUACAAGAAUGCGAAUUCACAUUUGAAACAUAUUUAUAUUUGCGACAAAGAUGCGUUAAUUGUGUGAUAGAGCAUACGAAACCAGAGUUUUAUUAGAGUAGUUUUAAAUGUAGCAAGCAGAUUUUAAUUGACAUUCACUGUGACUUGUUCUAUAAAAAUUGAUCCUCGAGCAUUUUUGAGAUGAGACAUUGUGUCCUUCUAUUGAAGAACUGCAUGCUUGCCUUGUUACGUAAUCCAAACGUCUAGGGCUGAUUUUAACAGAACUUUUUAGUCACAAACUUAGCUUGCUUUUAUGGCUGAAUUUUCCUAUGUUAAUAGAAUACUUGAAACUUGUUCUUCGAAAACGUUUGAUUUCUGAGCAAGCAUAGUUAAAAUUGUGGAAAAAUGUUAUACUAAUUUCCCGGUACCAAUAACCGUAGACUUGAGAAAACAGCUCAUAUGUUUGAAUAAAAAGAUGCUAUCUCCAUUGAGGACUCUCUGAUAGAAAAGUUUUGUAUCUUUGUUUCUAGAUAAUUAUUUCAGGAAGCAAACAUGCGUUGUAAAAUAAAAGGGAUGUAUAUUUGAAUUUUUUUAUAUUAGUUUUAUUUUAUUUCAUUAUUCGUCUGGAAAUAACUUCUUUCGAAUUGAUAGAAUGCUUCAAAGUAGACAGACGCUAAAACAUAAAGGGUAUUAGUAAACGGUUCAAUCUUAGAUAGUAUUUUGACAAAGAAAUCACAAUAUACGGUUGUUUGUGAAUAUAAUUAAGUAACAUGCAUGGUCUUUCAUUAAUAUUUGGCUGGUUGGCAUGUUAAUCUUGCAGUUUCAGAAAGCAGCAUUUGUUUCUUGUGUUUCUAUGCUUCAAACGUUCAUAUACACUGAAUUAUUUUGUAUAAAUGAUUCUUGUUUCUAGUGUUUACUUUCUCUAUUCAUUAAAACCCGAGAAAGAGAGCCCCUUGUUACAUUUCCUGUUAGUUGUUUUACACGCCAUCUUUCUGCUGUGUUUAGCAGUCAACAAGUUUUAUGUCAUGGACUUAAAAUUAUGUAUGUGCGGACAUGUUUCAGUGUCCCAAAACUAUUUAGUUGUAUAUACGUACUUCUGUACUGUUGAUUUAAAUACAAUCGAUUAUCAAGAUCGAAAGUGAAUAUGGCAUUUUCUGUUUUCUCUCUCUUCUAUUUAACAUUUUCAAUGCAGUCCGAAAAUUCCCGAUUUUAACGCCUCUUGUCUGUCGACAUCCGCAGCCUCUUAUCCAAGCGUAGGCUCAGGUAGCAAGGGACUGUAGCAAGAAAAAGUCCAUAAGUUUCUCCUGUUAAAUCCUUUUCUGUAAAGCAAAUUCAUCAAAUCUCAUCAAAUAGUAAUACUUCGUGCUAUACAAUGAUUUAGACUUGAAUUAUGACUCUUAGUCACCAGCUAUACAUGUCAAACAUAUAUUUACAUGAUAAUUCUGGCUUAUCAAUAAUAGGACAGUCUCGUGACCGAAAUUGCCAAUUCACUCUUUAGCCAAUGCUUAAUAUUCUUAUUUGAGUAGUGGAUAGCAAGUGCCAAAAAGAGAGUCAUUCGUCAACAAAGGUUUCCACAGGGCAGACAGCUCGGACUAUGUUGUUGUUUCAGCUAUAGGUUUAGUAACCACUUUUCUCGUUGAAACUAUGUUUUAAGGCUCAACGUUGUAUGCAGUAACCAUCAAGUAAUCUAACAGCAGCUGUACAAGAAUUAGGAAGGAUAUUGUGGUACGUGGGUAGUAAGUACCAAUGCAAACAUUCACCCAUAGCUCUGUUCAAUUUGGGCUCUCUCCCUUGUCGGUGUCGUGGCCGUUGUGAAUGGGGUAAAGAAGGCCGUUGCGAGCGGGUUAAAGAAGGCCAUUACGAGCGGGCCUUGCGGAGCGGGGUAAAAAGUACUAUCGCGAGGGAGGUAAACAGGGCCAUUGUAAACAGGGAAAAAGAUACCCCACGUGAAAAAGCCUGAUGUCUGAUUGUCUCAAUGCUAAAAAAAUAAAAUAAUUUUUUCUACGUGGUCUACAUUGGACGGGCUCCUUACCCAGGCAACAGGUUUGGGAAACACUUAGGAGAGAUUGGCAGAGUGGGGUCUUCAGCAUCGAAAAUGUUCUAUUCUAUUAGUGUUGAAUGACGUAUGAUAAAUUUAUCAAAGCUAGUAUAAGGUUCUUUUGGAAUAAACAAUGAAAUUGUUUGAUCCUUCAUAUAUU